AUGCACAAACCAACUCGCCCUCGAGCCAGUCUCCGAAACAGUCUGGAUCGAGACGUCUAUCAGAUAGUUCGAAAGCUUCAGGAUGAGAAGGACAGCAAAAAGGAAUCCGGCAAGAAGCCUUCCAAGCUCAGUGUUUACGAAGUCUUCGAUGCUAUAAAGCGAUCCAAUUCGAGCUUCAGCCGACUCAAGAAGAAGCCUCUGGAGGACGCCAUCGAGAGGGCGCUCGACUUUCACAGGCAGGAGUGCUCUGACUCUGAAGACAGCGAGGGUCUGUUGGACGCCGAUGGCAACGAAUCCAACAAGGAUGAUCGGUUCCUCCUCAAUCGACAACUUACCAAACAUUGGAAGACACCGAGCAAUAAUUCAGCGGUUCCGACUGCCCAAGGGACCGAGGGGAAAACUACCAAGCGCCGACGUCUUUCACAGGAACCUGAGACUGAUAAUACCGGUGAUGGUCCGAUAUCGAUGGGUCCCCCGACGCGGACCAACGGCAUCAACGGGGUUAACGGUGCCACGGCUGAUGUCCAACCACACUCAUCUUCGAAGAAGACCCAAAAGUCGAUGAAGUACGGCGCCGAACAGGUCGCAACCGACUCCAUCGUGCUGGCCGGGGUUCAGUCGACCCUCAUUGAGCUCCACCGCGACAUCUUCUCUCGUCUCUGGCAGAGGGAUGACCACCCUCGCUUCGAAGAACAACCCGUGGGCUUCAUCCUCUCCGGGCCACCCGGUACGGGGAAGCAGUCUAUGGUGCGCGCCCUCGCGGCCAUGACGACCACCCCGAUCGUUCCACUAGGUCGCUAUCUCAAGGACACCAGGUCGCCGGACAAAGUGGGCAAGAUCAUCGCCGACGUGCUCGACGAAGCGAAGAGGUGUGCUCCCUGUAUCAUCCUCAUCGAGCGACUGCACGAAUUCAUGUCCAAGUCCGGAUCGGCCCAUAACGACUUUGAAGCCGAGGUGACGUCCCAGCUGCAGUUGGGAAUGAGCCGACUUAGGGAAGGGGCACCAGCACCGGCACCGGCACCGGCACCGGCACCGGCACCGGCACCGGGUAGCAAACCUGUAGUCGUCGUGGCAACCACCAGCAAGCUGGAGACCAUCGACCCUACGCUCCGGAGGCACGGCUACUUUUCGCAGACCAUCAACAUCAAGGUUCCCGACACGGAAGCUCGGGAGAAGAUCUUCAGGGUCUUGACCCAUGAUCUCGAUCUGCCGGCCGACUUCGACUUCACCUCCCUGGCCGUACGAACUCACGGUUUUGUGGGCGAAGACAUCAGCGCCGUCGUCCAAAUGGCCGGGAGAAGGGCCCGCCACCGUCUCAUCGACAUUGAACAGGCCCAGGCUCGCAACGCACUGCCACCUGCCGAACCGUCCGAUCUCCAGCCUACCUGGCUACGGGAGGCCGCGGAGAUCCGCCUCUGGUACGAUUACAUCGAACAUCAUUCCUACACCACGCCGCCAGAAGUCCGCGUCACGUUCCAAGAUUUCGAGCACGCCGUCUCCGAACAUACGCCGUACAUGCGCCGCGAGGGCUUCAGCACCAUCCCGUCGACGACCUGGUCCGAAGUCGGCGCCCUGCACUCCGUCCGCGCGGCCUUCCAAGUCUCCGUGGUCCGCCGCAUCAAGGAGCCCCAGCUGUUCGCCAAGUUCGGCAAGCAGCGGCCCGCGGGCGUGCUCCUCUUCGGGCCCCCGGGCUGCGGCAAGACGCUCGUGGCCAAGGCGGUGGCCAACGACGCGCAGGCGUCCUUCAUCCUCAUCAAGGGCCCCGAGCUGCUUAACAAGUACGUCGGCGAGUCGGAGCGCGCCAUCCGCGAGCUCUUUACCCGCGCCCGGAGCUGCGCGCCCUGCAUCCUCUUCUUCGACGAGAUGGACUCGCUCGUGCCCCGCCGCGAGAACACCACCACCGAGGCCGGCGCCCGCGUCGUCAACGCCCUCCUCGCCGAGCUCGACGGCGCCGGCGACCGCGGCGAGGUCUACGUCAUCGGCACCAGCAACCGGCCCGACAUGAUCGACCCGGCCAUCCUCCGGCCGGGGCGCCUCGACAAGCUGCUUUUCGUCGACUUGCCUAGCGAGGACGAGCGGGUCGAGAUCCUGCGGACCAUCCACCGGAACGGGCUGGGCAAGGGUGCCGCCGCCGAAGACGACGGGGACAUUGUCGAGCGCGUUGCGAGGGAUGGGCGGUGCAACGGCUUCAGCGGUGCGGACCUGUACGGGCUGUACAAGAAUGCGUUGGACGAGUGUGUGCUCCGGUACGACGGUGGGGAGCCGACGCUCAGUGAGCAGGACUGGGAGACUGCGCUCAACAAGACGAAGCCGAGCGUCUCUAACCCGGAGACAUACAGGAGGUUGGCGGCCAAACUGCACCAUCAGUCGUAG